GCGGAGCUCUCGGUAGUCGUAGUCGUCGUGUCGGGCCGGCGGGCGCCUGGUGAAUGAUCCGAGCUGGGUCCUCGUGGCAAUCGAAGACAAUUGAGGCAUCACGGGUUGAGCACCGAGGCGGAGAGGCUCUGAACGGCGGGCAUUGACAGAGCAAUGAAGGCGGUGGUGCAGCGAGUGGCGGCUGCAAGUGUGUCUGUCGCUGGAGAGCAAGUGAGCUCCAUCGGAAGAGGACUUUGCGUGCUGCUGGGGAUUUCCCGCGACGACACGGAGAGGGAGAUCGACUUCAUGGUGCGCAAGAUCCUGGGCCUGCGCGUGUUUGAGGGCGCGGAGGGCCGCCCGUGGAGCUCCAGCGUGGCGGAGGCGCGGGGCGAGGUGCUGUGCGUCAGCCAGUUCACGCUGCAGGCCGUGCUCAAGGGCAACAAGCCCGACUUCCACCUCGCCAUGGCGGGCGAGUGCGCCGAGCCCUUCUACCACCUCUUCCUGGAGCGCCUGCGCAGCGCGUACAGCCCGGAGCUCGUCAAAGAUGGCAAGUUUGGAGCACUCAUGCGUGUGCACAUUGAGAACGAUGGCCCAGUCACCAUCCAGAUCGAGUCGCCUCUGCCCUGUGCCGACCCCAAGCAGAUUGCCAAGCAGGAAAAACAGCAGCAGAGGCAGCAGCAGACAACACCCAAAGUAAAAUCAGCGGCAGCAGCAUCAUCAUCAGAGCAACAAGACAAGCCGAGUGGAGCUGAAGGAGGCAGCACAGCGCGAAGCAGCGACUGAUCUCGUUUUACCCGGCGAACCGCGUGCGUGCGAACAGCGGCGGCAGUGCCCUUGAAGUUCCCGUCACACUUGGACCCACGACCACCUCCCUCGACCGCAGCGGUGUUGCACGUGGACUGGAUGGUUCUCGUGUAUCUAAGACGGUCGGCAAGAGGCGGGCUUCUGGGAAUGUGAGCGCGCAUUGGGACAGGCGCGUGUGUGUGUGUGUGGACAGUAAUAAACGUGGAAAGCAAUAAAUGUUAUCC